AGGUCAAGGACGAAGGGAAAAAAAUGUCGGGUCUUGUCUCAAGGGAUACUCAUGUGAUAUAUCAAUGCUCUAGCACUUAGUGACUUACUGUUCAAACGUUAUUAGCGAGGUUAAAGUUUCAGACAGAAUGUCAGAAUUACAAAAUGACAAACAGGACAAAAGCAAAAUGCCCCCCGGAUCUUCGAUCUCGGGGGCAUAAAAAGGUCAAACAAAGGUAUCCAGGCCAGGCAUGGUACUUGGUAUUGCGAAAUUUUUCCUUACUGAUCGGGAUCGGAAUGUUGGAAAUUAUUAUGUCAUUUCCGUUAAUAUGCUAACGACUAUAGAAGUGCAACUACGUUGAACUAAAACACCACCGUCUAUUCUACAUGACCUUAACAAGAGGAUGCCAGAGUGCAGCGGUGUUAUGGGGGAGGAGUUUGAAUCGGUUCCGCUGCAGCCAUUUCUACAUCAGGUCAGUGGACACACAGGGAUGUUUCGUUUUGAUGACCAGACUCUGUGUAAACCACUGAACGUCCGGGAAUAUAACUUCUACCUCAAUGUCCCGCAUAACCUCAAGCAGUUCACCGCGGAAUUCAGAGGUAGUAUUGAGGUGGAGAUUCACGAGGACAGUGAUGGCUAUGUGACAAUCAUGGGUCAUCGACCCAUGUCAACAAAAUGGCAAAAAUCAUCCAAGUGUGCAAACUUCAGUGAUGGAGCUCAACAGACAGACAAGAAGGAGAAAGGACAACACAGUUUGCGGCUCUUGAGGAGUGGCAGUGUAGAGGUGAGCACACAGACAGAUCAGGUGUUCCACUCACGAGACUCGACCUCUGACCUGAAGACAGAGAACAUUAAUCCCUGGAGUCUCCGGUGUCACAAGAAGACUCUGACUAAGCUGAGGAAGGCUAAUCAGGGCCCCGUCACCCGCUGUAAAUUUAUUUUGUUGGAGAAUGUGGCAGCACAAUUUUGUCACCCAAGUAUUCUGGACUUGAAGAUGGGAACCCGGCAACAUGGAGAUGAUGUUUCAGAGGACAAAAAGGAAAGGUUUAUGAAGAAAUGUCAAAAUACAACCUCCAGUAGUCUCGGGGUCAGGGUCUGUGGCAUGCAGGUUUAUCAAGAAAACAGUGAUCAAUAUGUAUGUGUGAAUAAAUACUAUGGUAGAAGUUUAGGAGUCGAUGGCUUCAAGCAGACCUUGCACCAGUUUCUUCACAAUGGCUAUGAGCUGAGAAAGGACUUGUUAGAUCCCAUCAUCAAAAGACUCCAGGAACUUCAUCGACAGAUCCAGUCACAUGACACGUAUCGUUUCUACUCCAGCUCACUCCUCAUCAUGUAUGACAUGCGUUCCCAAGGGACGCAUCACGAUCAAGAAUUGGGGCAUGACGAAGCUAGCGCCCAGUGCGCGCCAGUGGAUGUCCGCAUGAUUGACUUUGCCCACAGUACACACAGUGGCUUUCAGAAUGACACGACAGUACACACUGGCCCGGAUCAAGGUUAUCUGUUUGGAUUGAAGAACUUGAUUGAUGUUUUUACUGACAUGAGAUGAUUGUUGUAAUAGAAAAUUUGAGUGAUCAUUUAGUGAUGAGGUAGAGAGGAGGGGUGAGACUAGAACACAAUGUCAAACAGAGGGUUUUAAUGGAGCAAGCUGAAAUCCUCUGUCACCUGUUGGUAUAUACGUAUCGCUAUUCUCACAAAUUUUAAAGAUAAUAGAUUGCCAAAGAUUUUGGGGGGAGGGAUAUAGAGAUGUGCAGAAUACAGAAUUCUGAAUUGAUUUUAAGGAAUUCAUUUUUAUAAAUGUUGAAUUUGUACAGGUUCUUUGAAAUCUUCACUUGUUCCUUUAUUAUGGCGAUUUUAAACAUGCUUGAUAUUAUGUCUAUGAUUUUUGCCAGUAUGGUUUUUCUGUUAGCUUUUAUAAUGGAACUGUAUUUACAUUGUAUAUGGCAGUGGUUAGAGACCUGCGAAAGCUAACUCUGAACUAAGAUCUUUAAAAUUAACGAAAGCUAACUCAUAACAAAGAUCUUUAUAAUUAAGGAAAGCUAACUCAUAACUAAGAUCUUUAUAAUUAAGGAAAACUAACUCAUAACAAAGAUCUUUAUAAUUAGAUAAAGCUAACUCAUAACAAAGACCUCUAAACUGAAGUCUGAAGCAGAUAAUUCACAUACAGAUAAUGAGGAAGAAAUUGAACAUUUUGUAUAUGUAAUAAAUUUCUUUCAAAAUGAAGAGAACUGCUGUUCUGUAAGCUUUAUCCAGUCUGUGUCUAUAUAUUUUGAAUUGAAAUCUUUUCAAUAUAUACAAGCAUUCAUGAGUGUUAAAUUGAUAUGCAAGCAACCUCUUAAUGCUGAUGAUCUGUCCAGACCACCUGAUUCUCUGGUGAGUAAUGUGGUUCCUGCACCACCUGAUGCUCUGGUGAGUGAUGUGGUUCCUGCACCACCUGAUGCUCUGGUGAGUCAUGUGGUUCAUGCACCACUUGAUGCUCUGGUGAGUAAUGUGGUUCCUGCACCACCUGAUGCUCUGGUGAGUAAUGUGGUUCCUGCACCACCUGAUGCUCUGGUGAGUGAUGCGGUUCCUGCACCACUUAAUGCUCUGGUGAGUAAUGUGGUUCGUGCACUACCCGAUGCUCUGGUAUGUGAUGCAGUUCCUGCACCACCUGAUGCUCUGGUGAGUGAUGUGGUUCCUGCACCACCUGAUGCUCUGGUGAGUGAUGCGGUUCCUGCACCACCUGAUGCUCUGGUGAGUGAUGUGGUUCCUGCACCACCUGAUGCUCUGGUGAGUGAUGCGGUUCCUGCACCACCUGAUGCUCUGGUGAGUGAUGUGGUUCUUGCACCACCUGAUGCUCUGGUGAGUGAUGCGGUUCCUGCACCACCUGAUGCUCUGGUAAGUGAUGUGGUUCAUGCACUUCUUGGUUGAUAUAUAUGUACGUCUCAGUCAACAAUUUAAAUCUUGUAAUGUGACUUGUAAGAUAAGCUUUUGCUAACUCCCUAAUUUGAACUGAUGUGCAGUUUUCAACCUGGCAUAAAUUUUCCUUGGGGUAAGGGGAAUCAAUGUCUCUUCGGAUGAAGGACCCCCUCAGGAGCAAGGAAUAAGUUUUCAAAAUAAAUUCAAGCAUUGUACAUUUGGUUUGGAUCAUUGUCCAUCUGAGAUUAGAGGUCUAUACUUUUCCUGUACAAAUCUUAUGGAAUCUUGAGACUUUUUUCUCAAAAACUUUAUUGCAAUAGCAUUUCCACAAAGUGAACAAUUUUAAGGGUUACGAGUAAGAGUCCAGGGUUAGGAAGUAGCUUUGUGCAAGGAAACUAGCACAGGUGAGUACUGUGGCCCAGGGUCUCUGUAUUUUAGCACUGAAAAAUAGAAUGCUUUAACCAUAUUUGAAUUAAGUUCUUCUAUAUAUACACCAACAAACAAAAAAGCUGCAACACCACCCUAUUCAAAGAUAUUGCAAAUUCCAAACACUCUCCAAUUUCAAAAUCUAUUACCAUUAAUGAUAUUCUAUUUGCCUGUAGUGGUGCCAGUUUAUUAGAGAUUAGUGUUGACAGACUAUGGUUCCCAGAACAGGUGUGUUGAUAUACUUUAUGUGUCUCUCCUAAUUAGGUGAAGGAUCAAAGGUGACCAUGGCAUAUUAGAUUUUAUACAGCCCUGAAUGGCUGUUAUUGAGAUGAAAUGACAGUGCUGGUAUUCAGUUCUUCCAGAACAUUUUGACUGUCUCAGAGUUUUUUUGAUCAAUUUACAAUGUAUUGAAUUUUUUUUUUUUUUUUAGAAUUAUGUAAUAUUUUACCGUUUCUCAUUUGUAUGUUGGUAUCAAAAUGGUUGUUGUGAAAAACAAAUUUCAAUGUGUCAUGUAUGAAAACCUACAUUUAUAACAAAGUAGAAAUGUAAUUGACAAGGAUUUGAAGUCGAUGUUUGUGAACAGAGCAAUAUUUAAAGACAAGGUAUGUGAACAGAACCACACUUCAUUGAUUGUCAUUUUCUGACAUUCAUUUUAAGUAUUUUUACAUGCCUAAUGUGUUUUUUCUAUCAAGAUUUAUUUUAAACCAUAUAAUUUUUCUUAUGAAGUAAUACUUCAUUGAAUAUUCCCGAGUAUAUUAGACCAUACCCAGGGUACCAAGACUAUCGACAUAUCAUUAGAUGCUCGAUAUUUCUUUUUAUACAGAUGAUUUUCAUAUCAAUAUUUAUUGUAAAGAAGAAUCAUUAAGCAUGUCUUAUCCCAACAAUACAAGUAAUUUUUGGGUGAUAAAGAGCUAGAUUAUAAAACAGACCAAUUUUCAUGGAAGAAAGACCUGUUUUAUGUUAGAGAAUAGUAAAAUGGGACUGUUUUUAGCAAUUACAAAUUCACUGCAAGUAUUAGCAGAUAUUUUGAGUGAGCUAUGUGGCCUGUUGGCUUUAUGUUAUUUUGUUUUUUGGAGGGAUGUAUGAGAUUUAUUUAUUUUAUUUUAUUUUUUUUAGCUCAAGUGAGCUUUUCUGAUUGCCUGUUGUCUGUCCAUCUGUCUGUCUGUAAACUUUCCACAUUUUUUACUUCUUCUCCAGAACCACUGUGCCAGUUUCAACCAAACUUGACCCAAAGCAUCCUUGGGUGAAGGGCAUUCAAGUUUGUUUAAAUGAAGGGCCAUGUCUCCUUCAAAGGGAAGAUAAUCACAAAAAUGCAAAAAUAGGGUGGGGUCAUUUAAAAAUCAUCUUCUUGAGAACCACUGGGCCAGAAGAGCUAAAAUUUACAUGAAAGCUUCCUGUUAUAGUGGAGAAUCACGAUUGUUAAAAUCAUGAUCCUGGGGUAGGAUGGGGCCACAAUAGGGGGAUCAAAGUUUUACAUACAAAUAUAUAAGGAAAAUCUUUUGAAAUCUUCUUCUCAAGAACUACUGGUCCAGAAGAGCUGAAAUUUACAUGAAAGCUUCCUGCUAUAGAGGAGAACAAGUUUUUAAAAUCAUGACCCCCGGGGGUAGGUUGGGGCCUUAAUAAGGGAUCAAAGUUUUAUUGACAAGUUUAUGGAGAAAAUCUUUAAAAUUCUUCUUCACAAGAACCAUUGGGCCAUAGAAGUUAACAUUUACAUGAAUGUUUUCUGAAAUAAUGCAGAUUCAAGUUUGUAAAAAUCAUGGCCCCUGGGGGUAGGUUGGGGCCACAAUAGGGAUCUCAGUUUUACUUGUGAAUAUAUAGGGAAAAUCUUUAAGUAUUUGCCAAGGUGACUCAGGUGAGCGAUGUGGCCCAUGGGCCUCUUGCUAUGUUUACAAGUUAUUGUUUGGACUCUGGUACAAAAGUUUCAUAUAUUGCACAGCACAUUUUGUCAUUGAGAGGUUUUAUAUAACACAUUCAAUGAAUGAAUCACAACAUGACAGGAAUGAGGAGUGGCGUGUGUUAGAAGGUAGUCCCAUUUGUGAAUACUCUCUUGCAUUCCAGGGCCACUGGCAGCAUGUUUUGUCACAUAGUUCGACGUUGUGUCCACUAGACUUGUGGUAAUGUUCAGGUGUUUAUAAAGUUUUUGUUUAAUUCUCUGGUUGUUGUAAGACUCUAACAUGCACUGUGUUGUAAGUGGAAUAAUUCUCAUUCCUAACGGCUCUUAUAUGGUUUUCAUCUCAGGGAGUCAUUCAUUUUGGAAUUCAUGUACUGAAAUUACAUUGGGGGACCAGUAAACUCUAGUGAUGGCAGAUUAGCAUUAGGACCUCAGAAAGAGAACCAGUCCAAUCAAUGUGAUGUCUCGUCUGUUUUAGACGUUUGGUUUAUUCCCUGAUCUGUAGCAGACUUGUAAAAACAGUUAUAUUUACAAGUAAUUUUUGUUAUUUUCAUGUAAUUGUAUUAGUUUAUAGUAAAGUUUUCUGAAUAAAAGUCAGUUACCUAGGACCGAAAUAUUCUUGACUGUGAAUAUAUAGUUUGAACCUGCACACUACUCAAUAAUGAAAGAACAUUUGCACGUAGCUUGAAUAGUAUCCUCAUACCAGAAGAACAUUUGCACACCCAAAGUAAAUAGUCCUAUGUUCAUUUGGGUAUUCAGUUUCAUCAUAUUGAUGUAUGUAUUAGGAAUCAAUCAUGGAGAACAUUAACUGCCUUGUUGAUUGUGACUUAUUAAUGUUUGUGCUAUAUGGAUUGUCAUGGGGAUUUUUGUUGAGGGAGGCAUAUCUUAGCUCUUUGGAUGUUUUUAUGUGCUGUACAUGUUAUCUCUGCAAUAAAAAUCUUUUAAAGUUG